GCAUUGCUGGCUCCCGCAGAAGCAACGCCAACCUGCCACGCCCCGUGUCCAGCGUUUGAGGCUCAGGGGAGAAUACCUAGGUGCUGUGCUGGGCUGCCGAUGCUGGUGAUGCACGUUGGACGCGACAGCCCACAGUAUCGCUCCUGCCUUGAACGCCUCGGCUGCGCCUUCCGUCCAUCGCGACCUGCACCUCGACCACGACCUUAGAGUCACACACAACCACAGCGUUAGGAGACACUCAACCACAUAGCCUCUCUCGCCUAGAGCGCUGUCCCCCCCUGCUUGACUCAGUUGGGCUCUCGCAUCUGCACGAACCGUUGUUUGCCUGCACAGCCCAAAUUGUUUGCUCCGCGUCGCGUGACGAGCCUCUUUCACCGCCUGCACGCGCAUAGAGGGCCAUCAUGGGUGUCAUCAAGAAGAAGACGGGCACGCGGGGCACCGAGGGCGGCAUCAAGUACAUCUGCGACGUGUGUUCGUCUGACAUCACAUCAACGGUCCGCAUACGCUGCGCCAAUGACACCUGCCACGAGUAUGACCUCUGCGUACCGUGUUUCUCCGACGGCAAGUGCUCGCGAGACCACAACCCUGCUACACAUCCAUUCAAGGUCAUAGAACAGCAUUCUAUCCCCAUAUACACCGAAGACUGGGGCGCGGAUGAAGAGCUUGCCCUGCUAGAGGGCGCAGAGACAUAUGGUCUGGGGUCAUGGGCAGACAUUGCAGACCACAUUGGCGGCUUCAGGGAAAGGGACGAGGUUCGAGACCACUACAUCGACACGUACGUCAACAGCUCCAGGUUUCCUCUGCCGAAGCAUUGUAGUCCGGACGACACCGGCCUGAGCGACCGAAUUCCCCGGGAACAGUUCCAAUCCCGUAAGAAGCAACGGAUUGAGAAGAGGAAGGAAGCUGCCGCAAAGGCAGAGCCCGCAACACCGAAACAGAAGCCCACAGCCAGUGUUCCCUCCUGUCAUGAAGUCCAAGGAUACAUGCCAGGGCGACUGGAGUUCGAGACGGAAUAUUUCAACGAGGCAGAGGAGGCUGUUCAGCACAUGCAGUUUGAUCCUGGCGAUGGCAUCAACCCGCGGACCAAGGAGGUGGAACCGGAAAUGGAACUGAAGAUGACCAUCAUGGAAAUUUACAACUCGCGGUUGGACGCUCGUGUGGAGCGAAAGAAGAUUAUAUUCGAGCAUCAACUCCUUGAAUAUCGGAAGAACCAACUAGCCGACAAGAAGAAGACGAAAGAAGAAAAGGAUCUCCUUAACAAGGCGAAGCCCUUCGCCAGAAUGAUGCAGCAUGAAGACUUCGACACGUUCUGCAAGGGUCUCGAAUACGAGCACAAUCUGCGGCAAGCCAUAUCCCAGUUGCAAGAGUGGAGAAAUAUGCAAAUCACGAAUCUGCGAGCUGGCGAGAAAUACGAAUCAGAGAAGCAGCAGCGCCAGUCGAGGGCUCCUCCACUUGGUCAGUUCGAUCGUCUAGCCUCUAGUCGGAUUGGCAAACCUAUUCCACCAUUCGAGCAACCGUCGGCAGCAACGGCUCUGCUGAGCUCUGACCUACCUCUGCACAUCAAGGAAAAGAGUGGUCUCACCACACCACCGCCAGAUGGUGCACCCAACGGCACAAACGGCGUCCCAACACCACAACACUCGAAGACAAAGUUUGUUCCCAAGCAAUUACCCAACACUGUACCACUGAAGUUUGGGAAGGAAUCAGCGGCCGAUCUCCAGUUGCUAACGAAAGAAGAGCGCGAGCUGUGCAGCGUGCUCCGCAUCAUGCCAAAGCCCUACCUGGCCCUUAAAGAGAUGGUAGUUCGUGCGGCGCUUAACAACAGCGGUAGUCUGAAGAAGAAGACUGCGAGAGAAAUCUGCAAGAUUGACGCAAACAAGUCGACGCAGCUGUUUGAUUUUUUCGUGCAUAGCGGGUGGAUUGCACGGGCGUAGAAGCCUUAAAAAGGGGUGUUGGACUGGCGUUUCAGGUUCGUGUGGAUACCCGGAUUGGGAGCGGCUUUGGGUGGUGUUGUACGCUCGUAGACUCUGUCUUUAAAGCGGGGUUGCUGAAUUUAGCCUCUUGACGUAC